AUGGACUUUGAAGGGAACAGCAUGUUCUGUUUGAACAACGCCAACAGAGAGCAAAACGGUGGUGGAAAUAGUAAUAACAGUACCAACUUUUCUUGGGAGUUAUGGGAACCACCUUCUUCUAACAAUUCUACCCUCAUAAACACUUUCUACGCCGUCCAUACGGCGGACACCUCGGCCGCUGUCGCCACCACUGCUAGCCACGAGGCUGGCCUCGCAAACGCGCUCAUGUUUCUUCCUCAGGCUAGUACUACUACUGCUGCUGUUGAUCGUGACCACGACCGCGGCGUUGAGCACGAUGGUCAUCGUCACCAUCAUCAUCAUCAGCGGCGGCGGCAACAACAGCCGGAGGCUUUGUACUCCGGCGAUGGGGGCCACGUGCAUCUGGACCCACAUCUCAUGUGCUUGAAGCUGGGGAAGAGGCAUUAUUUUGAAGACGCUAAUGCUCCUCUUGGGGGCGGCGGAGGCGACGGCGGGUUUGCUCUGGCGGGGAAGAGAGGGAGAGGAUUCUAUGGCGGCAGCGUGAAGACGGCGACGGCAACGACGGUGCCGAGGUGCCAGGUGGAGGGUUGCCACGUGGCGCUGUUGAACGCGAAGGAGUACCACCGGAGACACAAAGUUUGUGAGAUGCACUCCAAGGCACCGAAGGUUGUCGUGUUAGGGUUGGAGCAGAGAUUUUGUCAACAGUGUAGCAGGUUUCAUGUGGUAUCGGAGUUCGAUGAUUCCAAGAGAAGUUGCCGUAGGAGACUGGCUGGCCACAAUGAACGAAGAAGAAAGAGCUUUCACGAUUCUGUCACUAGGAAUUCCUCCUCUCAAGAAAAUAAGUUACUGGUUGGAGGGUUCCCUUACUUAUCAUCAUCACCUCCACCAUCAUCUGGCUGUGCUCUCUCUCUUCUGUCAUCGUCUAAGAGUGACCAUUCAUGGCUUUCUCCGGCUGAUCUCUCGGCGAGAUGCAGCGCCGCCCUACGAGAACUCAUAGACGAGAACCGGGCAGCCUCCAUGGCUAAACAAAUCAUUUUGGAAAGAGACUGGCACCCACACCACAACUACCAUCACCAGGAAGAAGAAGAUGAUGACGACCAUAAUAAUAAGGAGAUUCAACUUCAAUCCAAUUACAAUUUCUCUCAACACCACCAGAUGUUUCCCUAGCGAAUUGUUUAGUAAUAUGUUUUGGCUUUUGGGAAAAUUCUUCACUAAACACUAUCUUCAAAAGAAAAACCAAAAAGGUCACAAAGAGAUGCAUAUAUAAGCAUGUUUAACACCAUUCACUGAAGACCUAUAUGGAUUUGGAUCUAUUCUUUCAUUUUCUCCUCAUUUCUUGUCAAACUUUGAAGAGAGAUAAACAAACACAUUUUAUGGCUCUCACCUGAUGAGUGAUAAAGUCAACAUAUAUUCUGGGUUCUCUUUUUGGGAUUGACAAGAAAUGAAAAGAAAACGAAAAGAAAAAUUAAGGAGGUCCAAAUUCUACCUGUGUUGACAUGUUCAUGUACUCCUUUGACUAGGACUCAUCUUGUAGUGUAAAUUACACUAUAAUAUAGGUUUUAUAUUUAGAAUUGGAGAGAAUAUAUAUAUGUAUAUAUAUGGUGGAUUUGAUAUGUAUUAUCUUCUUGUAAAGCAGAUUGAGAAUGAAGGUGUUGUAAAGUAACUUGAAAUCCAUUUGAGAUCAAAACAUGGCCUUCGAGAGGGAAACAAAACUAGGGGGGAUGAGAAGUAAGGGCUAAUCUAGAAUUUAAGUUUUUCUCUUGUUUGAUUUUAAGCAAGGGGGUGAUGAUAUGGAUGUUUCAAUCUAGGUG